UGCAAUUGAACGCAUUGAACGUUUCAAGGUGAUUACAUAAAGCCGAAUCGGGAGGAAAAACUAUGCAGAAAGCCAUAAAGAAGGAGCUCAGUUUCUCACUGGACACCCUGGAGCGGUAUCGGGCCAAGUAUGGGCGCAGUGCAUCGCUGGACACAAACGGGCAUGUGAUCUACACAGAGAAUGAGUCCGCUUUGAGUAUAGGUGGUGUUCCGGCACCGGCAACCAAAUCGCCGGCCAGCAUAUUCACAAGAUCUUCUUCGCCGCCGAAGCUAACCAAACUGCAGGAGCUGCAAAUGAAGAAGGAGGCCUACCUCAGGGCCCGCGAGCACGAGAAGGAAAUGGAGCAGCUGCAGAGCAUACAAAAGAAAACCACAAAUGGCCUGGACGCGGCCAAAGCCAUGCCACCCAAACUGGAAAGCCCAACGAAGACCCCUCCCCCUGCCACGGGCACUGCAGCCGCUGCGGCGACUGCCACCAAAUCCCCGACGCCAGCAGGGUACUCCAACUGGUCGAACCACCAUACAACGCUCUCCUCGCAGCCCUGGGUGGCCAUCUCUGAACUUAUGUACUUUUGCGACAAAUACGAGUUCACGAGCCUGAGCACAAGAGACCUGAAGACACACCAGGAGAUUGUGGCCGAGGUGAGGGCUCUGCUGUCGGGCAAGGCUCCGUUUGAUCAACGAACCCGCUUCCCGGGCAACAUACAUGACCCGGAGAACCUCUGGGUCUGCAUUGGGCGCUGCGCCAGCGUGGAGUAUCACCUCCAGCGCAUUAUCAGCAUCUUUAGGAAGCCCCUCAAUCAGCUGACGCCGGACAAGCAACGGACCGUGCGUCAGAACUUUCAUCUGGCGGUGAGCGAGCUGCGGCUGGACAUCUCGGCGAGGAUCAGCGAAGUGCGUCUAUACGACCGCCUGGUAUUCGAACGGGAGUUUCGUCUGGAGUGGCAGGAGGCUGACGCCUAACAGGGCGUUAGUGAAAAGCGGUAGAAGGACACACGCGUGUGGUAACAAUCGACAAUAACUUUUAUUUGCAACACUUUUUGGAAUUGAUCCAUAUCAUUUUUCGGUGCAUGGUGAAAAACGGUUACAAAAAUACACACAGGAUUUGUAUGGAGUACACCGAUG